AUGGUUCAAGGCGCACUCAAAUCAAGCAAAAGCGCAUUGGCGGGCGGUAAUCGAGCGAAUGGAGUCGGGAAAAAGUCGGCCUUAGGGCCAAAGAAGGGACAGAGGGUUAUCAAGGCGAAAAAGGAGGGGUUGAUGAGGAGUGAUGUUUUGAGGAAGAAACAUUCGGCAGGUCUAAUAGGAAUGACGGAAAAAUCACUCGGGGCCAAAGCAGGACAUUUGGAGUUGUUGGGCGUGGGCAAGAAGAGUAAGGCGAAGGACGCGAAGAAGGCAGCUGUAGAGGUGAAGGGGAAGGGAAAUGCGGGGGCUACGAUUCAUGGAGGAGAGAAGGGAGGAACGAAGAAGUUCGGUUAG